AUGCCGGUCCGACCCAACGCACGCGUGCUGCGCGACAUGGCCACACGCCAGGCCGUGCAGUCCAACGAACUCGUGCGUCGCGCGUUCAAGUACAUCGCACGCAACACCACCUUGCCGCAAAAGGUGCGCCACCAGGCACAACUUCAGCUCAACCAGUUCCCCAACAAGACCCGACCCGUCAGCGUCUCCAAUCGCUGCGUAGAGACCGGCCGAGGCCGCGGCAUCAUCUCCGAGUUCGGCCUGUGCAGAUACCAGUUCCGCAUGAAGGCGCUAGCAAACGAGCUGCCCGGCGUCAAGAAGGCUUCGUGGUAG